CAACUACAAUCCAGAAGCGAAUCACGAAGACGAGUGAGAGAAGAAGAAGCAAUGGGGAGAAAGAAGGGAUUGCCGGAGUUCGAAGAGACGGCGCCGGAUGGCUUCGAUCCGGCGAAUCCUUACAAGGAUCCGGUGGCGAUGAUGGAAAUGAGAGAGCACAUCGUCCGUGAGAAGUGGAUCCAGAUCGAGAAGGCGAAGAUCAUGCGCGAGAAGGUCAAAUGGUGUUACCGCGUCGAAGGAGUCAACCAUUACCAGAAAUGCCGUCAUCUCGUCCAGCAGUACCUCGACUCCACUCGCGGCGUCGGAUGGGGGAAAGACCACCGUCCUAUGUCGCUCCACGGCCCUAAGCCUGAGGCCGUUGAAGCUGAAUAAUGAUUAAUCUGAGGUGACGGAGCUUUUAAUACAAGACAUGAAAAGGUCUUUGGACUCUGCAGAUUUGCUCUUGUUUGUUCUUUUUCUUUUUGUUGAAACAUGUCAGUCUUUGGACUGGCGGAUACAUGGAAGGGUUUUAUAAGCUUCAGUAAUGUAUUGAAGAAACUACACUCAACAUUAGUCUUUCAUUAUGCUACCCAAAUAAGUCCAUUUUUUCAUGUCUCUCUUUGUUCC